AUGGGAAUAGAAGAGAGCUUUGCCUGCUUCGAAGACUAUCUCGACAUCAUCAAUAGGCUCUGGCCUUCCGCUGGCAAGGAUAGACUGGGAAGAAAGACCUACCCGGAAAGCGAGACUACCUAUUCGACGAGAAGGUGCAAGCAGCAUCACCAACAAGAAAUGCUAGUGAAAGAAGAAGCACAGGAAGCUAUUAGUCUCUCGCUUGGGUCACCAUCCUACCCGGAUACACUUUUUGCCUACCUUGGGUUCACUGACAGCAACCGAUCUUCCGCAGACGGCAUCGAAGAGAGAAAGAGAAGUCCCAGUGACAAUUGGAAAGAUCCUUUCUCUAACGCGAUACCUGUUCCAAGCGCUUUCUCUGUCCUAAUCUCCAAUCCAAUGGACCUGCUUUUGAGUUCGAAGUCAAUAAGUAUGAUUCAGAAGAUUAAGUCGUUGGCUGCUUCAGAAGAUGAAGGAGUUUACCUGCCUGUUCCUCAAUGGUACUUCUCGCCAUAUCUAUUGAAGUCCUGUAUCCCGAGGUACGAGCCAUUAGGGAUAGAAUCUUUAAAGAAUAACUCUAAAGCUGGGGUCUUAAACAACCGUAGGAACAAGCGCUCCUGUGCUCCGCAAGCCUGA